UUUUUACAGAGAGCAGUGUAGCCAUUUUAACUCAACACGGGGAUCGAUUUCUUUGUAGUGCUGUGGCUUAGAAAUGGAACUGGCCAAGCUUGCUUUCUUUGUAAUAUCCCUUUAUUCAGCUCACCUCACAGUAGCAGCACCACUAUGUCAAGAUAAACAUGACCAGUGCUCUGAUCAUGUAAGUUACUGCGGUAGUUACGACCACGUCAGGAAGCAGUGUCCACGGACCUGUAAUCAAUGCGCCUUAAUUUAUCCUUCGUUGUCCGUAACUCCAACGCAAAGCUUACCCACCGGAGCUACACCGCUCACUUUCGCUACACUGCAAAGUUCGAUGGCUGCGCUUGGUAGCCUGGCUACUCAACAAAUCGCCACUUCGCUAUCACAAGUUCCAUCUCGAACGCAAACAUCGAAAGCAUUUUCAUGCAGCCUUACACAAACACGAGCUAGUCACCUUGUGUCACAGACACAAAAUUUAAAUGACUUCACCACGGCUCAAAGCCCGAGGGAGGUUUUACCAGGCUCCACCAGUCUUCCAACAGAAACCACUGAUUAUACGUCAGAGCCAAAUAUUUGUGAAGAAGACGGAGAUAAACAACAAAAUACUGCCAUCAGAACAGCUGGAUCAUCAGCAAACAUCUUGAUGAUUCUGACAGUCUCACGGAUGUAUGCAUUCUUGUGACAGAGAUAAUAUUGAAAAGAUGAGAGCGCACUUCAACUAAGUGUCGUGAAACUAAUAUCAGAGAAAACACAACAGUCAAUCAGAAGAAAGGGUAUUGUCAUCAAGAACCCGCGAGAACACACGGUAAAAAAUAAGUGAGCCGCCUAAGACACGCAGAACCGCAAGUAACCAAGGCACGUUUGGGUUUAGUUUGGCCUCUGAGGCGCAAGUGUCCUUGAUUAGUGAAAUCCCGGAUUACAUUCAGCACUAAUCAGUUGAAGAUUGUCCUCGCUUGCACAUGGAAUCUGUUUCUCAAAGGAUUGCUUUUCAGAAUAUCCAAAAUUAGAGUUAUUAAUAGAGUAACCUUUUGAUAUAAAUAGUAAACUGAAAGCGGAAAAUGCGUGACACGCCGUUUAGACCAAGCUCAAGCAAAGCAGUUGGUAGAUAUAAAUCUUUUAAACAUCUGAAAUCAGAUCAUGUAAAAUUUUUCCGUUAAAAGUAUGAUAUUUGAACUUCCCUUACAGCUUUUAUUGAUGUUACAUAUAAACGUUUUUUCAAUUCCAUUCCGUUAACAAUUUUACUAUUUAUAUUUGUAUUUUUGUUAUUUAUAAAUUUUCCUCACAACUGUCACUCGUAAAGUUACUCUGAAGAUUAGUUAAAUAGCGGAUUUGCUAAUAUGUAAGCAAACCACUGUUCAGUAGAUGAGUUUAUCAAUUCUCAUCAUUUGUUUCCUUCAAAACAAAUCAAACCUAUAUGGAGAUGUUACGUUUCAAAUACUUCCGAGAGUUAAAAAGUUAAGGAGGAGUAAGCCAAGAUAAGGCGAGGCAGAAGUAUAUAUUGAUCAAGAAAACAUUGGCUUGGCAACCACACUAGAUCCAGGCUCUUAUCAUGCGCCUUGAUACCUUUAUUUACCCCUUCGAAAUAUAAUACUCUUCAUCACUACCUCGACUUCUGUCUGAAAAUAGCUUACAUGGGAAAUUUCAGCUCAAGGUAGAAUAUUAAGCUAUCAAGUCAACUGACUUAUAUCAGAAGUAUCGAAUUCAUGGAUUUUACGCAAUUUACCUUCUUCCUGCUAUUCUUUAUUUAUCCUCUGAACCAACGAGCAAAGGCAGAUAACAAUUCGCCUUUCACGCUUGUAACACCUUUGACGUCAUCACGUCACCUCGUCUCAACGCGAUGUACUUUAUUCACCACCAGAACAAGUACCGUUGAAAUUAUCAAUAGAGGGACGUCGUUAAAAAACACCAUAAUAACACCAGCGGCAUCAACAAAACCAGCGGUAUCAACAUCACCAGCGGCAUCAACAACAUACUUCACUCAAGUGAAUGCACUUUUGACCUUAGGGAUCAUUUGGAGUCAUAUUCUCUGUCACUGAUGAUGUCACAAGUUGCUAAAAACAAGUAUCACAAAAUAAUUGUUCACCUGUUGCGCCAGGAAACAUCACCUACAAAAUUUCGAUUAUGGCAACAAACAUUUGAAAUUCAAGGCUACUAUGGGCCCAAUUCUCAAAAUUUCUUGUAACCUUUUGCGGGCUCGAAUCCAUAUUUCAAAGCCUAAAUCUAAGGAAUAAUAUUGCAGUUCAGUUUAAAACCAAUGCAUUUUCUUCCACUUCCUGCUAUUAUCAUCGUUUGAAUUUCAAAACCAUCAUCAUCUCCAUCCUGAAUGGAGACACGACAAACAAAAAGCAGCUUUAAGGGACUGAGAACUACCGCGACUUUCAGGAAUUGCGUCCCACGUCUUUCAUGAUAAUUUUUUUUGGUCGAGUGAUGUCUGCACGCAAACUUAGUGAGAAAAUUCAUGGCUUAUUCCUGGGCAAUCUCUCUUAAUCUUGUAUAGCUGAUCUCCUGUGAAUAAGGUUGCAUGUUCUCCGCUUA